GCCUCCCGCCCACGAAAAUUUGCACAUUUGCAUUUUGCACGUUGUACUUUUUUGCGUUAAUUUUUUUAUAUUAAUUUAUGAUUAAAAUAAAAAAUUUUAGCAAAUCGCAAUUCAAGGUUAACCUUCGCGUGGUGCAAACAUUUGUACGACAGUCAUCCGGAGUCAAGGGAAUAACUGCACGUCCGACCACCUUAAAGAAAAUGGAAGAAUUGAGAGUUUCACAUUCAAAUGGCAAUGAAGAGAGUCCCAGCAAAAAGCACAAAGCGGUCGGUACCAAUGAUUAUGGGACAUUUUUGGAGCCUCGAGACUUCAACGCAGCCCGAUCCGACUACCUUCAGUGGGAGGACUAUUUCAUGGCCCUGGCAUUCCUUGCGGCCAAACGAAGCAAGGAUCCCUGCACCCAAGUCGGUGCUUGCAUCGUGGACACUCACAAUAAAGUCGUUGGCCUCGGAUACAAUGGCUUUCCCAUCGGGUGCAGUGAUCAGGACUUCCCGUGGAAGAAGGGCGGUCGGACAGACCUGGACAGCAAGUACAUGUACGUCUGCCACGCAGAAAUGAACGCCAUCCUCAACAAGAUCACGGCGGACAUCACAGGCUGCACAAUGUAUGUGGCGCUUUUCCCUUGUGCGGAGUGUGCCAAGAUAAUCAUCCAGUCAAGAAUAUCUACAAUCGUGUACAUGUCGGACAAACAUUCUAAGAAAAAUGAAACCAUUGCUUCCAAGAAGAUGCUCGAUGCUGCUGGAAUUACCUACAGACAACACACUCCUAAGCAAAAAAGAAUUACUAUUGACUUUGAUGACAUCGACUGGAUUGGAAUGAGCCAAGUGCCUCCCUCCCCAGCUAAAAAUUAAUUUUGACUGUAGCUCAGAUUGAGCCAAACUUAUGAUGCGCAACUGGCUUUAAUGCCAAUGACCUCCAAUUUUUUAAAAUAAAAUUUAGAGGGUUACUUGAAUUAAUCCUCAAUUUUGAACAAACCGAUUUUUUUC